UCAGUUCAUUAACCCCAGGGUACCAAAUGCAAGGUUUCUUAUAUUUCAGAUAUUAUAUUAUAGUUACUAGUUCAGUAUUACUAAUAAUAAACGUGGAACUUGUCAGUGAUGGCUCUUCGUAACAUAGUUCCAAAACUGAUGUUACCGUCUAUAAGACUGAGUUCAGCAGCAGCCAUACCAAAACUCGUAACGUCAUCAGUUCCAGGGCCCAAGUCGCAACAGAUGAAGGAAAAACUAGGGACCAUUCAGAACACAGAGGCUGUCAAUUUCUUCGUGGACUAUGAGAAGUCGCAGGGGAAUUAUAUCGUGGACGUAGAUGGAAAUCGUAUCCUGGACGCAUUCACUCAGAUAUCGUCUAUUCCGAUAGGAUACAACCACCCAGCACUAAUUGAAGCUGUGCAGAGUAAGAGUGCAGUGACUGCCAGCGUGAACAGACCAGCACUCGGCAUGUUCCCUCCAGCUGACUUCAUCGACAGUGUCGACGACGCAUUCCUCUCCAUUGCACCCAAAGGGUUCAGUCACGUGCAGCAAAUGGCCUGUGGAACAUGUGCAGUUGAGAAUGCCCUGAAGUGUGCGUUCUUCAAGUACAGAAACGACGAGCGAGGAGGAUCCGAACCAGUGGAAGUAGACAUGACGUCAUGUAUGAACAAUGAGGCCCCUGGAUCUCCCAGUUUGGCAGCCAUGUCAUUUAAGAGUGGGUUUCAUGGGAGGACUUUGGGAUCUUUAUCUCUAACGAGGACGAAACCAAUUCACAAGGUAGAUGUUCCGGCAUUCGACUGGCCAUGUGUAGAUUUCCCUAUUCUGAAGUACCCUUUAGAGGAAAACGUAGCAGACAACGAGAAGAUAGAAAAGGAAUGUCUCGCCAAAGUAGAAGAGACCUUUCAUAAAUGGAAAUCAUCGAAACCCAUAGCAGCUCUGAUUGUGGAGCCUAUUCAAGCCGAAGGUGGUGACAACCACGCCUCUCCACACUUCUUCCAGGGACUUCAGAAGAUCUGCAAGGAACACAACUGUGCUUUCAUAAUCGAUGAAGUCCAAACAGGCGGGGGCCCCACUGGUCAGAUGUGGGCGCACGAAACAUGGAACCUACCUACGCCUCCUGAUUUCGUAACCUUCAGUAAGAAGAUGCAUAUCGCCGGUUUCUAUUACCAGAAGAGUUUCGAGCCCAAGCAGGGAUACAGAGUUUUCAACACAUGGGUCGGAGAUCCUUUAAGACUCAGUUUGCUGAAGACGACAGUCCAAGUUAUCAAGAGAGAUUCGCUGCUAGAUUUAGCGAAGAAAAGUGGAAAUAUUUUGAUGGAUGGCUUGAACCAUUUGCAGGCAUCGAAGCCUAAUAUGAUCUCUCGACUGAGAGGCAUGGGAACCUUCAUUGCAUUUGACUUGCCAAGUGAGGAGCUAAGAGGAAAAUUAAUUAAUGAUAUGCUGCAAAAAGGUGUCCUAAUUGGUGGAUGCGGAAAAACUGCAAUUAGGCUGAGGCCAUCGCUGAUUUUUGAUAAGAAUGAAUGUGAAAUAUUCUUAAGUACAUUAGAGAAAUGUUUGUAAUUUACUGAAAUGAAAUUUGUUAUUUAGAAAUUUGAAGUGUUUGGUAAUUUCGAGUCUGAAAGAAUAAUUUUCCAAACAGAAGGAAGAAAAGUGAAUUGGCAUGUUUUAAUUCUUUUGUGGAAAAAUGUACUAUCUAACUUGUAACUUGCAUUGACAUGACAGUCCAAGCUGUAGCGAAAGUCGUACUAAAGUCAUAGGCUGAAGUAAUUUUCGUGCAAAGUUUUAAUAAUUUAUUGGGAGGCUUUUGGGAGGUUAAGUCUAAAGUUUUCUUAUUCCGUAAUUUGAAAGCUGCUUUUGUACGUUGACCUGCAGAUAUAAUGACUACAGAGAUGU